UCACUCACUCAUUCGCAGUCCUCUCAAAGUCAUGGGAUUAUUCAGACGCUCAUCUCAUCGGAAUGCCUCUCUUCCUGGAACUCUGACUUUAUAAAUUUCUGUACAAUUUCCCCAUUUCCAAAAGUUUUUUUAUUACAUUUCUGACUUUAUCAAAUUCGUCCUUCAAUGGACCGAUUCCCUCACAAACUUAUCGGUGGUGGUGCUGCAUUCCUGGCUUUGGUCACAGCCAUGGGAUGGGGAGGAUUCAGCAUGAUAAUCAGGGGACAAUUGAAACAGCAAGCAAAAUUGUACAACAAUACAGAUGCAUGGCGAUCUUGGCAAGACAGUCCAUCGCCGUACUAUUUGCGAGUUUACUUUUUCCACUUGCAAAAUCCUGAAGAUGUUGCCAAAGGCCAGAAACCCAAGCUCAUGGAGAAAGGUCCAUACGUGUACAUGGAGACUCGUUGGAAGGAAGACAUAACUUACGACAAAGGAAACGAUACUCUACUUUACAAACAAAUGCGAAAAUAUGCAUUCCUCCCGGAGAUGUCAGAUCCUAACAAAGAGGAGGAUAUGAUAACAACCAUAAACAUUCCCUUAGUUGGAGUUACAAGAAUUGCUCAAGAUUGCUCAGACAAGGACAAAAUGCUGAAGGCUGUUGGAUCUAAAACCAAGUCUGAAAAGCUAACUGUAAGCCAUUCUGUUCGGGAGCUGCUUCUCGAUGGAUAUGACGCAAAGGCAUAUGAAGAGCUGGGAAAUGAGCACAAUGGAGCGAUGUCAGAAAGUGGAGGGGACUUCACCGUACCUGAAUUUCUCAUGGAUGGGAAAUAUGCUCUAUUCGAAAAUAGAAAUCUGACGGACAGUGGCGAAUGGGAAGUUUGGAGUGGACGACACAAUGCAUCCGCAUAUGGUCGGAUAAAGACGUGGAACUCGCUGGACAUGUUACCCUGGUGGUCCAAGGGUGAACCCUGUUACUUUAUCAAUGGGACAGAUGGUACCUUAUUCACUCCUCCCAUGAAGAAAUCGACCGUGCUGCAAGUCUACGAGUCAGAGUACUGCCGAUCUCGGAAAUACGAAUAUGAAAUGCCGACCGAAGUCAAGGAAGUUAAGACGGUCAGAUUUCGACCCAGGAAACAACAUAUGCAAAGCCCUCAAAAUAAUCCAGACAAUGCUUGCUAUUGCCCGUACGAAGAUCUUGCAAAAUGCGGAAAGGACGGGAUUGAGAUACUUUCUCCUUGCAUGGAUGGAAUUCCAAUGUUCAUCUCGAAUCCACACUUUCUUCAUGCAGACAAAGAAGUUAUAGAGUCCGUCGAAGGGAUGAUGCCAGAUCCAGAAAAACAUGAAACGCUUCUUGAUAUCGACCCAAUGUCUGGACUGAUCUUUGAAGGUAAACGACGGUGGCAAGUAGCAGUGGAAACUGAACCAGUGUCGCAAAUAUCAGGAUUGGCAUCUGCUCCAAAGGCAUACGUACCCAUUUAUUGGAUCGAAGAGAGUUAUGUGGCUCCGGACAAAAAAUUUUCGCUGAUGCGGUUCUUGGCGUCUUUGCAACAGGGAGCAGAUACUGUGCGAUGGGGUCUGCUCCUCGUCGCAGUUGGAAUCGUCCUGGUGGGCAUCGUCGUGGCGUUGACGCGACGAGGCUCAUCCAAGGUGGACAGAAUUACUCUCUUGCAAUAAUCAUCUCCUCAAUCGUUUUUGCUCCGGUUUAGAAUAUAAAAUAAUAGAAAUAUGCAUAUAUCCGAUAACCAUUGGUUCUGUGAAAGCGUAGAGUUGCGAUAUAACAUAACAGAUACAUGCAAAUGUACCUUUAAUAUUUUAGUUAUUAUCUACAUAGUUUCAAACUUAAUCAAACACUAAGUUCGAUGUAUAAAACAAUAUUUAUAAUGAAAUAAAAUACAAUAAAAUAAAGCAAUGCUUAUCAAAAUGUG